AUGAAAUGGGAGCCAAGUGAAGUGGAGUACACUGUUGACUUCGACCGGCUCUGGCUUGUUUUGGAGGUCACCCCGGAGUGGGAGUUCGCCACCGGGGAGUUGGCUUUGCGGAGAGCACUGGCGGGCUAUCCAGAGGCCGAUGCCGGGACUCAGUGCGGCCAACACUGCCUCUCCAGCCAUCAAGCGAUUUCUAACCACAUCCCGGAACUCAGGAGCAGAAUGGAGGCCAUAGAACACCAGCAGCUGGCCAUAGAGAUCAAGCUGGAUGCCAUACUGGCGGAGGUCCAAGGCCAGCUGGAGCUGCAGGAGGCGACUCUGCGGGAGUCCCUGGGGACAAUCGUCACGAAAAGUGACUUCAAUGCGUUGCGUUCCGAAAUGCUAAGCCAAUUACCGAUUGUUUCGGAUGAAGUUCAAGGCCUUCAAGCGCCAAGAGCAGCCCCAUCGAAUUUUAAACUAAUCGAUUCGAGGUUCUUCUACAUCGAACAAAAAAUAGAGAAGACGUGGGCUGAGGCUGCAGUCAUCUGCUAUCGCAAAGGUGGACAUCUGGCAGCCUUAAAAAACUUUGAGGAGUAUCAAGGGAUCGCCUCCAAGCUGCAAAGAGGUCAAAAAUACUGGCUUGGAAUCAACAAUGUGGAACAUAAGAACGAGUUCGCUUCCUUGGCCUCUGGAGAAAGGGCACCAUUUUUGAAGUGGGCUACCAAAUAUCCGAAGAACCAAAACAAUUUGAACUUCAUUUAUAUAUUUAACGGAUACCUAUAUAACUCUCAGAACAGCGAUAGACACUUUUUCAUUUGCCAGGCCGACAAUGAAAUUUAA